AUCGCCAUGACAUAUAUCAACAACCUGCGCGGAAAUACAGCGACUCCAUAAAGUGACCCCAAACCCGACCCCGCAGUGCACCGCUGUUCGCCGCAUAGGCGGCGCACGUUAUCGCAUCUCUUCACAUGUCUCCUCACUCUGCGCCGCCCCCUUCUUCCUCCUGAAGAUGAGAAUGGCGAAGCGACUCCUCCUCCAUCUAGAUUCCAGAAAGAGUUUGAUUUGGGAACGAGACUGUUACCGUGGAUUUGCGUCGAGCAUCCUCAAUCGAUUUCUUUCAGGAAGCGCCAAGAUUGGGAAAGAUGCUGACUUGGGUAAAGAGGGGAGAAAAAGCUCGAAUCUUGGGGAGAAAUCUCAGCUGAAGAUCCCAGGAAGUUAUGAUCCUGAGCUGGUGAAGGAUUCGGAUGAUGAUGAAGUGAGUGGAUGGAUGUGGAAGAAGCUGGAACUGGCUUGGUUGUCGAAAGCUCUCGAGCCUGCUUUGCAGUUAUACAAGUGGGCAUCUACUUCAGCAGGAAAUAGUGACCCACAAGUAACACCUCCCAGUACUCGGUCUCUGUCUGAGGUUUUUACAAAGCUUCAACUGAGUAAAUCUGGCAUCCAAGACUGGAGCCUUAGUGACCUUACAGUUGGUCUGUACCUAAUCUAUCUUAGCCAAGCUUCUGCAGGGAAGGUUGAAGAUUUCAAGGGUGUUCAGAUUACUUCAGAUGUUACUGUUCAAAAGCUCAUUUAUCACAUUGAGCUAGCAAAGGGGGCUUAUAAAGACAAUGCCACUGCUCUUGCACGGCAUUGCAUGCUUCGAGAGAGAAAUAUUGUGAAAUUUGUGAAGCAUUCCAGUGUCUUGAGACCUGGAUAUUAUAUUGGGAUUGAUACACGUAAUAAGUUAGUAAUAUUUGGAAUCCGUGGAACCCACACCGUCUAUGAUCUUAUUACUGAUGUUGUUUCCACAAGUGAUCAAGAAAUGUCUUUUGAGGGCUUCUCAACACACUUUGGGACAGCAGAAGCUGCACAAUGGUACCUUCGCCAUGAGAUGGGAACUAUAAGAAAAUGCCUCGAGAAACAUAAGAACUGCCCACAAAUCUCAAUAUUUGCAAAACUAUCCCAAAUCAUCAACUUUAGGGGGAAAACCACAAUCAACAAAAUCAUCAAAUUUAUUGGAUAUGUUGAUGAGUUGGAGGGUGGUUUGCAAAUACUGAGAUUUCGAGGUAAUUUUUGCAAGGACUUUCAGUUGAGGAUUGUGGGUCACUCACUCGGAGGCGCUGCAGCUGCGUUGCUCGCAAUUAUGCUCCGGAAAAAGUCAAAAGAGGAGCUGGGAUUCAGCCCUGACAUCGUUUCUGCAGUUGGAUUUGGGACCCCACCAUGUGUGUCAAAAGUGCUAGCUGAAAAGUGUGCUAGCUAUGUCUCCACUGUUGUGUUGCAGGAUGAUAUAAUUCCUAGGUUAAGCGUGGCUUCACUCGGAAGAUUGCGAAAUGAAAUUCUUGAGACUGAUUGGAUGAGUGUUCUACAGAAGGAAGAUUGGAAGGGAAUCCUAGAUUUAGUUACAAAUGCUAAACAGUUUGUUUCUUCAGUUCAAGAUGUGGCUCGGAGACUUUCUGAUUAUACAAAAUUCAGGAAAAUGUCAGCAACCUCAGAUAUAUCCAUAAGCAACAACCCAGUGUCUUUGCCAAAAAAACCGGAGUCAGAAGCUAAAAUUGUUCUUAAUAACCUAGAAGAAGCCACGCCGGAGGAGCUCUUUACACCUGGAGCAUUUUAUUACCUAAAGAGAGAUAUUGAGGAAGGCAGCGGCAGUGUGAGGAGCAGAGAAUCCUAUUCACUUUGGAAGAGGAAUCCUGGUGAACAUUUUCAGAGGAUACUGCUCUCUGGCAACUUGAUAUCUGACCAUAAGUGUGAUAGCCAUUAUUACGCUCUCAGGGAUGUGCUAAAAAGCUUGCCAGCCUCCGAUGAUCGGGUCUACUUUUAGAAAUUUGCUCGCUUGUUAGGUCAGCAUUUACAUUUAAAUCGGCAGAUAGUCGAUCUCCAUGCUGACUUUUUGAGGUUUGGAGUUCGCUUAUAAACUGUAAAGGAGUUCGAUGUAUCAGCAGUGACAUGCCUAGAUUUGUUGUUCUUUAAGCAAUUUUGCAACCUAAUAAAGAUGUCUAUCUGGAUUUUGCUC